AUUUUGAAGUUAAAAAAACUAAAAUUUACGAAAUUUCCUAUAAUUGAAGGACAUGGCAUGGGAAUUUGUCUAGGAAGAUAAAACAAAAACGUGCGGUUUAUGGUUUCAUAUGAGGUUGAAGACACCCAUGAAUGACUAUCAUAUCAUAUCAUCACCUCUAUAUAAAUCUGCCCACUACACCCUUAGAACUCUCAAGAAUCCUUUAAACUUUGCCAAUAAUUCCAGUUCUCAAAAUCCACAGCAAUGGGGAAUUGCUUACCUUCACAAAACGAACCCCAAACACGCCCCAUUGAUUCCGCUUUCAAGCUUCCUUCCCCGUUGCCCACCUGGCCUUCAUCAUCAGGCGGUGAAUUUGGGAGUGGAUAUAUUGAUCUGGGAGGGCUCCAUGUCUGCCAGAUUUCAGCUUUCAAGAAGGUUUGGGUAACGUACGAAGGAGGGCCCGACAACCUCGGAGCGACAAUCUUUGAGCCGUCGUCCAUCCCUGACGGUUUUUCCGUUCUGGGUUACUACGGGCAGCCCAACAACCAGCCGCUUUUCGGUUGGGUUCUGGUCGGAAAGGACAACAGUACCGGCGCCGACAUUCUAAAGCCGCCGAGUGAUUACACUCUUGUAUGGAGCAGUGAGGCUCUGAAAAUCAACCAAACUACCCCUGCAUAUAUCUGGCUACCUGUUCCGCCGGAGGGGUACAAGGCAGUCGGCCACGUCGUCACCACGUCGCCGGAAAAGCCCCCGGCGGACAAAAUCCGGUGCGUCCGGGAAGAUUUCACCGACAACUGUGAGGUUGAAAGCUGGGUUUGGGGACUGGGGAGCUCGAGUGACCCAAACGGCUUUAAUGUCAACAGUUUGAGACCAAGCAAUAGAGACAUAGAAGCCCAAGGCGUCCCUGUCGGGACAUUUGCGGCUAAUAUCGACGGCUCAGCCGCCAUAUCUUUAUCUUGUCUGAAAAACAACAAUUUUACUACGUUUUCUUCCAUGCCUAACCUCGCCCAAAUCGAAGCAUUGUUCCGAGAAUAUUCUCCGGUGGUUUAUUUCCACCCAGAAGAAACGUACCUAACGUCUUCCGUCAACUGGUAUUUUGCCAGCGGGGCAUUGCUGUACACGCAAGGAGACGAGUCUAACCCCGUCGCCGUUAACCCUGACGGCGAAAACCUCCCGCAGGGCGGGUCAAACGACGGGACGUACUGGCUGGACCUGCCGGUGGAUGAAACGGCGAAGGAGACGGUGAAGAAAGGAGAUUUGAAGAGUACGGAGGUUUAUCUCCACGUGAAACCCAUGCUGGGUGGAACGUUCACCGACAUAGUGGUUUGGUUGUUUUAUCCGUUCAACGGUCCGGCGACGGCGAAGCUUGGGAUACUCAACAUACCGCUAGGCCGCACCGGGGAACACAUCGGCGACUGGGAGCAUCUGACUCUAAGAAUCAGCAACUUCACCGGAGUUCUGUACAGAAUGUACUUCUCUGCCCACAGUAGCGGCGCGUGGGUGGACACCCGGGACCUGGAGUUCAGCGACGGCGGCAACAAGCCGGUGGCGUACGCGUCGCGGAACGGGCACGCGAAUUAUUCGGCGCCGGGGGUGGUUUUGCAAGGGCCCAACGACGAGAUCGGGAUAAGGAACGACACUGCGAAGAGUAACUUGGUUUUGGAGUGUGGGGCGAAGUAUUCGGUGGUGGCGGCGCCGGAGAGUGUGGUUGAGCCGGCGUGGCUGAACUAUAGAAGGAAGUGGGGGCCGCACAUUACGUAUGAGCUUAAAGAGGAAGUGGAGAAGGUGGAGGGGAUAUUGACGGGGGGCGUGAAAGAUCUGUUUCAGAGUCUGGUGAAUAUACUGCCCAAUGAAUUGUUUGAAGAAGACGGCCCGACUGGCCCCAAGGAGAAGAAUUUCUGGGCCGGUGAUGAGAGGUAGGUAGCUGCCGUGAGUGAAUUGAAUGUCUUCAAAUGCUGUCAUGUCUGCAAUAUAAUAGUUUUACUGCUGUAUGUAUGUGUCUGUGUGUAUCAUAUGCUAGUUUCCAUAUUCACCUCCUUUCCCACAUUAUGGUUUACUUCAUUUUCCAGAUACCCGGAGUGGAAAGAAAUGUGGUCGAAACUAGAGUUUCCUAUCGGAAAUCAGCCAUUUCCGACCAUUUUGUGGUGGUCGGAAAAUCAAACAUUUCUAGCCGUACUUCAA